CAUGGAGGGAGCUGCAGGGGCAGCAGCUCCAGCAACAGAAUGCUACCUUCUGUAAUUAAAUAACAAUUAUUAGUAUUAUUACUAAUAGUAAUAAUACUCUAAUAAUAUCUCUAGUAAUACCAUACCAUUUAUCAAGGCGAAUUGAUUAUAGUAUAGGGAGAAUACCUAACUUGAGUGACUGUAAUGGAGAGGCAAAAAAGGAAAGAGGAAAUAGAGAAGGGGCUUCAAUUUAUCCAAUCCACAUUACCCCUCAGCCAGGAAGAUUAUGAGGCCUUUUUACAAAAGCUGGUGCGGAACCUAUUUGCAGAGGGCAACGACUUGUUCAGAGAGAAGGAUUUCAAACUGGCGCUGGUGCAGUAUGUCGAAGGCCUGAAUGUGGCUGAAUAUGCAGCUUCAGAUGAGGUGAUGAUUCCAGUGGAUCUAUUAUGCAAGCUGCACGUCAAUCGGGCUGCCUGCUAUUUCACCAUGGGCCUGUAUGAGAAGGCUUUGGAAGACUGUGACAAGGCUUUGGGAUUUAACAAGGAGAAUAUCCGUGCUCUGUUUCGGAAAGCCCGCUGCUUGAAUGAGCUAGGGAGGCACAAGGAAGCAUAUGAGUGUAACAGCUGUUGUUUGCUCUCCCUCCCACAUGAUGAAAGUGUGGCACAACUUGGCCAGGAACUUGCACAGAAACUGGGAUUAAGAGUCCGUAAAGCAUACAAGAGGCCUCAGCAGGAAUUGGAAACAUUUUCUCUACUCAGUAAUGGCAUGUCCUCCACAUUACCAAAUCAGAAUGUUUCCAAUGGCUUGGGUUCUGUAGAUGACAUUGAAACAGACGGCUCCGUGGGUCUUCAGUAUGUCAGCACUCCGAAUGCCACUUGUGUCCCUGUGAGCGAGGGCUCUGCCUUUUCAUCUUCUGACUUGGAAACAAAAGGCCCCUCAACUUCACUCCCUGCUGCUACCCUGCUCCCUUCUACAGACACUGUGUCUAUGACAGGCUCUGACAGUGUGGAUGACUUCACUGAAGGAGGAGUUCUUGGGGAUGAGUUGGACUCAAUCCUGGAUUCUAUUGCAGAGGGGUCGCAGUACCCACUAUCUCUGGUCCAAGGUGCCAUCCCUGCCAACCUGCCUAGUGAGAUGCCACAGCUAAUCCCCGUCUUUCCGGGCGGUACUCCACUGCUCCCCCCUGUGGUGACAGCCAACAUUCCAGUCUCCACACCACUCCCUCCAGCUUCCUUUGGCCUGGUGAUGGAUGCCACAAAACAGCUCUCCUCCUCAUCUGUUCUCGAUGCUUUUGAACCCCCAGUGGGUGGUGAUGGCAGCUCCCCAUUGGACUCACUGGAUUCACUAGAUCUUCUCCCAUACACAGAGUCUCGGCUCGAUGUCCUGGAUGCUUUUGGAACUAGCAGGGGAUCACUGGAUGCGCUGGAUUCCUUUGCCGUUGAGGAAACCAACACCCAAGAGCCACGGCAGCCUGCUAGUAUCCAGAAGCCUCCAGUUGUGGCCAACCACAGUGGGCCAAGUCACACAGCAGUACCCAAAGUGGUAGAGCUGCUGAUGUCUCAGCCUGAAUCAAUGAUGUUGAACACAGCCCUGCUUGUGAAGAACCCACUGGCAUCCACUCACAUCUUUAAACAAGCCUGUCAGCUCUGCUAUCCUAAAACAGGACCCAAGGCUGGCGAUUAUACCUAUCGAGAGGGUCUGGAACACAAGUGCAAGCGGGACAUACUCCUGGGCAGACGCCGUAACUCAGAAGAUAAAACCUGGAAGAGAAUCCGGGCACGCCCAACCAAGACCAAUUUUGUGGGAUCUUAUUAUUUAUGCAAAGAUAUGCUUAACAAGCAGGACUGUAAGUACGGGGAUAACUGCACCUUCGCGUACCACCAGGAGGAGAUCGACGUGUGGACAGAGGAACGGAAGGGAACCCUCAAUCGUGAUCUCCUCUUUGACCCCCUGGGUGGGGUCAAGCGGGGCAGUCUGACCAUUGCCAAGAUCUUGAAGGAACACCAGGGCAUAUUCACUUUUCUCUGUGAGAUCUGCUUUGACAGCAAACCCCGGAUAAUCAGCAAAGGGACCAAGGACUCUCCAGCAGUGUGCUCCAAUCUUGCUGCAAAACACAGCUUUUAUGAUAACAAGUGUUUGGUUCAUAUUGUUCGUUCCACAUCCCUGAAAUACUGUAAGAUCCGCCAGUUCCAGGAGCACUUUCAGUUUGAUGUGUGCCGGCAUGAAGUACGCUACGGCUGCUUGCGUGAAGAUAGCUGCCACUUUGCUCACAGCUUCAUAGAGCUUAAAGUCUGGCUGCUACAACAGUACUCUGGAAUGACUCAUGAAGAUAUUGUGCAGGAAUCUAAAAAGUAUUGGCAGCAGAUGGAAGCACAUGCCACCAAGGCGAACAACAAUGUGGCUUCUACCAGGACUCCCACAUCAAACACAUUUGACCUCCAGAUGAAAUUUGUUUGUGGCCAGUGUUGGAGAAAUGGGCAGGUGGUGGAACCAGACAAGGAUCUCAAGUACUGUAGUGCCAAAGCACGCCACUGUUGGACCAAGGAACGCCGCGUCCUGCUAGUGAUGUCCAAAGCAAAGAAGAAGUGGGUGUCUGUCCGACCGCUGCCUUCUAUCCGCAAUUUCCCACAGCAGUAUGAUCUAUGUAUCCAUGCCCAAAAUGGCAGGAAGUGCCAGUAUGUUGGAAACUGCUCCUUUGCUCACAGUCCUGAGGAGAGAGACAUGUGGACCUUCAUGAAAGAAAAUAAAAUUUUGGAUAUGCAGCAGACCUAUGACAUGUGGCUGAAAAAACACAACCCUGGGAAACCGGAUGAGGGGACACCGCUAACAUCAAGGGAAGGAGAGAAGCAAAUUCAGAUGCCCACUGACUAUGCUGACAUGAUGGGUUACCACUGCUGGCUCUGUGGGAAGAACAGCAACAGCAAGAAGCAAUGGCAGCAGCACAUCCAGUCAGAAAAGCAUAAGGAGAAAGUCUUCACAUCUGACAGUGACUCCAGCUGCUGGAACUACCGCUUCCCCAUGGGCGAGUUCCGGCUUUGUGAAAGAUUCCAGAAGACAAAAUCCUGCCCUGAAGGGGAGAAAUGUCGCUUUGCUCAUGGCCAGGAUGAGUUGACAGAGUGGCUGGACCGGAGGGAAGUAAUGAAGCAGAAGCUGGCCAAAGCCCGCAAGGAUAUGCUGCUGUGCCCCAGAGAUGACGACUUUGGCAAAUACAACUUUCUGUUGCGGGAUAGCAUAUAACCACUGGGGGAGGAAGAACAGGCAGAUUUACAGAGCUGAGGAGGGAGGGAGCAGGGCAGUGACAGAGAGGCUAACAACUGUUCCACAAGAACCUUACUUCUGUUGUAAAAUAAUCAAGACAAUUUCGUGGGUUCCAUGGAAUUAUAAAUUGAUUCAUCUAUAGCCAGUGAGCAUCAUGCUCUUAGAAUGUUGUUGUUUUCUACAUUUUUCCUUUUAAUUCCCCCCCCCCAUCUGCCACCACUAGUCUCUUUAUUUUUCCCCUCCUUAAAAAUAUUGUUUGCAGUGAUGUAUAUGAGAGGAAGAGGGUGGGGGAGAGAUUUUUCAUUCUGAAUCUCUCCAUCCUGAAUCCUUACUAUGGACUGCCUAGUUUUGUUGGGAUAUUGCAGUGUCAUGGAAACAAGCAUAGAAGAACCACUGGACAAUUGAAGAGGAAGUGGGAUUUUAUUUGGGGGAGGGGUGUCCCUCAUCUUCACAGGCACCCAAUCGCUGUGUAAAUAGUUUCUGAAAAGAAAAAAACAGUUAAAAUACCAAUGAGGUCUUAUAAAUCAGUGUGGUUUUCAAACUUUGAAAAUGACUCUGGUAGUCCGUAGAUUACAGUGAGAGAAAUUCUCCUUCUCUUCCAGCAUCAAUGUUGUCCAUUCCCUAUCAAGUGAGGGAGGAUACUGGAUUCCUAUCCUGGCCUUUGUGUAGCUAGUGUGUUGUAUUUGGCAGAGGCAGUGGUUGAGUUUUUUUCCAAAUUACAUACUGUAUAUUAUGCAAAAAGUAAAUCAAUAAUGGUUUGUUGAAUUAAAGCAGGUUAUUGUUUGGUUUAAGCAUAGCUUGGGAGAUCUCUCCCUAUGACACAAACACAAAGAAGAAGCCACUUAAAAUCAAGAUGCUCUUACCAUUAUGCUAGGGUGCACAAACUUGGCUUAAGAAAAGUGAAUGAUAGGGGCUUGGAGCCUUGGGGGGGGGGCUGUUCAGUCAUUAUGAAAGGUCUGUGCCUUCCACCUUCAAUGAUGCCCUCUGUGCGUAAAAGUAUGCACUUGAUUACUUGGACACAAUUUGUGUGCCCAAGCCCAAACAUGUUGAUAGUGGAAAUGGGCAGAAAUCAUUUAAAGGGAUUUAAAAUUACCAUGCAGAAGUUUAGGCUAGAAGAUUUGCCCCUGAGAAAACAGCAUUUGAUUAAAUCCAGUGCUAAGGGUAACAAGGCCUGGAACUUUAUUUUGUCACAUAAUAACCCAGCACCAGAUUAUGAGAAAUGUAACCUCAUUUGAAAUCAAAAGUAGAACUGAACAAGGAGUAGAACCAAACCAACAAAUAACAGAAAAACAAUGUUUCCUGAAAAGAAAACUAACUUAAAAGUUAGUAUAAUUUAAUAGAAAUUUCAAGGAAGGGAAGAAAAAUGACUUAACUGUGAUGUUUGCAAAACUAACAAUCUAAUACCUAAAAAUAGCCACUAACAAGAACAUCAACUUUCUGUCCCCUUUCUCAGACUGGAAGAUAAUAAGACCUUUUAUGUAUCAGUGGUAUUUAAUAUGACUCUGAAGUGAACAUUCAGAAGCCAUAAUGAAAAGCAUCCCUACAAAGAAGGAAGUCCCCAUGAACUCAAUGGGACUUCCAGUUGUUCAAGAUUCGGCUGUAAAGUCUGAAAAAAUCAAAGUGAUAGGAACCUUUGGUGGAGUGAUCAUUCUGUGAGGGAUGGUAGGAAGCAAAACUUUGUCGUUCUAGCAUCAUGGCACUUCUUUGAGUGGUGACAACGUGUAGUGUGGGUAAGGGAGUAGAUGAUCCAAAAGAAGCGCAUUCUGAAUGAAGAUGCAUUAGCAAGCUAAAAGGCUCAGUGUUUCUGUUAAGCAUCAUGACUAGCUGAGCUAGUGUGAUCCUCCUCGAGUUCUAGGAAGGGAUGCAUUUAUGUAUAGUGUAAAUGCUUCAUCCACAGAACAGCUAAGAUAAAAUUUAUGUUCUGCAAGCCGAAGUAUGACACUGUAGGAUUUAAGUGGUGAGAUUUCAUUCAAAGAUCUUUCAGGGAUCUGCAGUAUUGGUUAGAUACUAUUCAUUUUUCGUAUCUCUCCAACUGAGAUGUAUUGAUAUUUUAGUUAUUUGUAUCCCCCUUCCACUGAUGAGUUGAUAUGAAAGUAUAAAAUGGGCUACCACCACUCCUUCAUAUGGAGAGACCCAAAUAAUUGUGGAGAAGAUAGGAAAUAGAAUGAGUAGGGGAGGGGGGAAGUCAGUGGGUCAGGACUUUCUGAAAGCUCCCUUUUGUAUUUCAUCCCGUCUGCUUUUCACUGAUGAUCAGAUGCCCUGUCGCUGUCCUGCUUGUGUCGGGAAAUGCCUGACCCUUGCACCGUAACUUUUGUAGAUCAUAAAAUCAGUCUGAGGUUCCAUGUAUAAACAUGGCUACCUUGGUUUAUUUCUGUGAUAUUAAAAAUUGUGUUCCUCUGCUUCUUCACAAUCUUCUAAGGAGAGGAAAGGGGUGUUUUUUGUUUUUUUACUAUGUCGCGGAAUAUACCCUGAAUAUUGCCAUUCAGUGGAAUCCACACAUACACUUCAUUUGGGAGCUGCGUUGAUGUAAGCAGGCACCAUAUAUCCAUCCUGUUGAGUUGAUUGUUUUGGAAUUUGAAACGAGACCUUUUAGAUCAUGUUAGGUGCUUUCCAUUGUCCUUGCUUUGAUAAAAAGGGAGUGUGUACUUGUCUCCUGUCUUACUAUUUUAAUAAUGUUAAUUAAUACGACAUUAGAGUAAGCAAAGCCACAGGAAUCCAACUGCAGUGAAAUGAGCCAAAUUAUCCCCUUCCCUAUACACCAGACGUUUCAAGUAGUUGCCUGUUGCCUGCUUUAACCAUUAUGCCUUCAACCUGUUGGUCUUACUUCGGAAAGUAUCAACAAGAGUGACUGACAUUAGCUUUUGGGGUUGAGCUGUUUGGAAAAACAUAUAUAAGAAAUGGAUGUUUAAAUUCUUAAACUAUCUGUAUCUAGAUAUGUAACUGUAUAUGCUCUGCCAUUACUUUAUGAUAUGUGAAUUUAUUUUAGAUUAUGGGGUGGGCAGUGUUUCCUUUCCUCUUUAAUUCAAAACUGCUUUGUGACCCGUCUUACCCUGGUCAAUACGAUUUGAUGCAGGGAGAAAUGGAUGUGGUUUAAUGGAGGCAGGGCAGUGGGUGGGGAGCACGUAUUCUGGGGCAUUGCAAUGAGAAUCAACUUUUGGGGUUUUUUUCCUGGUAUGAUAACCUGAUAUGUGGUGUUGCAGUAUCUUGUCACCAGACUUGUUUUAGUGUGUAUAUAUGUAACUCUUCCAUAAAGCAUAUAUACACAGGUAUUAAAUAUAUCACUCUAUAUAAUAUUAUAUAUGUAUGUGGUAUUGAAGGCAUCUUUUGUUGAGGGUUAAGGAAAAGGACUCUAGCUGGGGAACACAGCAUCUCUCAUUGAUAUAAAGCUGAUGUUGGGAAGGGAAGAAUAUUUCUACUAGGGUUUUUUUUGAUCAUUGAGGAGGUGAUCAUUAUUCUGAUCAGAAUGAACUUACUCUUCAUAAAGGCCUGUCAACCUGAAUCCGUAGGUGAAGUCUAAUUAAUAAGGAGUUUGUUAGAAGAGAGUCUUUUAUUUAAUUUAUUGCGGGGGAAAGAGGCAUUGCUAAGGUCAGGAAGCUCCAUUUUGUCUUCCUGAUUUCUCUCCCCCCACCCAAGUCUGCAUGGGAUAGAUAAGCUUAUUUCAUUUUGCCACUCCAUCUUGCUGCAUCCAUGGUACUAUCACUUCUGCAGUAAUUGCUGAGAAAACCCCAGUACUGCGGAGCAACUGAAUGAAACCAAUAACAGAAAGGUUUUCAGGAAGCACACACAUCUGAGAAUAAUAACAAAAUUGGGUCACUGUUCUGUUUUUUAAUACUGCAGCUAUGUUCCAAAAAAAACACCAGUCUUGGCAAUGUCCCUUUCUUUACCUGAAAGAAAGUUAUUAAUUCAAUCAUCAUAUAAGAUGCUGGAAAGAAGCAAGCCAGACUCCUUUCCCAGGCCUUUAGAGUCCAGGAAAGGAUAUAUGCAAAUGAGAUGCUGGUUAGCCAGGCCAUCCUUAAGAAAUUUGGCGACUGAAGCAUACAGAAGAAAGCCAGCAACGAGGGAUGCUUUAUUUCUAAGCUGGACUUGUAAUAAGUUGGAGAGUCCUUCAAAAAUGUCUUUGUAUUAAUAUAUUUUAAGAAUACCACGCUUUACUAUUACAAAGAAUUUAAUAGUACCUUCACAAGGUCUAGAAUCCAAGGUAAUAAUGUAGAUGUUCUAACAACUUUCUUGUUCUUAAUAAGACAGAUUUGCUUCUUUUAGCCUUUGUAAUAGAAAAUAAAAGUGUGCACUU